CGUGGCCGGCGCGCGAUGAGCGGGGCCGGCGCGGCGCGGGAGGCGGCGGGCGCGGCGCGGGGGCCGCGCGUGGACGGGCUGCCGCCGCCGCCGCGGGGCCUGAGCGGGCUGCUGCGCUCGGCGGCGGGCGGCGCGGGCGGCUGGCGGCGCCUGGAGCGGCUGUACGCGCAGAAGUCGCGCAUCCAGGACGAGCUGAGCCGCGGCGGGGGCGGCGGGGCCCGGAGCGCGGCGCGGCCCCCCAAGCCCCCCAACCUGGACGCCGCGCUCGCCCUGCUGCGCAAGGAGAUGGUCGGCCUCCGGCAGCUGGACAUGUCGCUGCUCUGCCAGCUGUACAGCCUCUACGAGUCCAUCCAGGAGUACAAGGGCGCGUGCCAGGCGGCCGCCAGCCCCGACGGCGCCUACGCCCUGGAGAACGGCUUCUUUGAGGAGGAGGAGGAGGAGGAGGAGGAGUUCUUCCAGGAGCCCGGCCUGCCCAGGGACUCCAGGGACCCAGUGGGUCCCCUCUCCGGCAGCGACUGGAUUCUGGAGUCCAUCUAGGGGGUCUCCAGAGGGUCCCGCCCCCGCCCGGGCCCAGGGCCAGCAUGUUGCUUCUCUGGCAAGCGGGCACCUCUGCGUCUGCGCUGGGCGGUCCGGUCUCCAGGCGCCUGGGACCAGGGCCAGCUCCGUGGGCAGGGACCCCGGUGGCCGUCGGUGGCGGUGGCGGGGGCGGGGUUCCUGUUUGGCGAAGAGGAGGUGCCGGGCGGCACCCUGGACGCCUGGGGAUGGGACGGAGGGCCCCGGCGAAGAUGCUCACGGCGUCACAGGGUUUCCUGCGAGAGGACUCCGGGCUGGGGAGGCCCCGACAGCUGGCGGAUGGUCCACACCCCCUGUCGAGGGGGUUCGAGAUGUACCAGAGCAGCCUCUUCUGCUGUUUCCAGAGCUUUCUCUCUCUGUCGGCUGCGUCAACGUCGGGGUGACCUGGCGACAGGUGACAGCUCGUUCCGGACACAGCAAGCGUUGCGGGUCGGGUCACACCGGCCGCUGCAUUCUCCCGUGGAAACACGUCUCGCUCGGUCGGCUGGCGGAGGGAGGAGGACGACGGGAGGGCCUGCCGAGGGGGGAACAGGGCGAAACGGGGGGCAGACGUUCCUGUCUGCAAAGAUUCUGGAUGUUUUACCCGGGGUGUGAGAGAGCACAGCCCCUCUGCACUCAGAAACAGAGAUCACCGCGAGCCUUAAUCUAUUUAUUCGGAGCCUCUAUGAACUCGUCACACACGUUGUAGGUGGAAGGGAGGAGGAUAAAGUACGUUGAA